UAUAUUUUCACAUCCACACUCCUCGAAAAAAGUCGUGCGUCGUGCGGGCAGCGCACAAAAUAAUUAAACACUCCCCGAAUAACACAACUAAAAAACCGUGCUAACUAACCGAAAGUGGGCGCCGAUCGCCGCGUUUUCAAUAAAACCAAACGAAAUGCAGUAAGCGGGCGUUUAAUUCAGCAAGCAGCGAGGCUAAAAGCAAGCAAAGCUCCGAGGCGUUGGCCAAAAAGAAGAAAAGCGAAAAAGAAACGGAGAAACGCAGUUGAAAAGAGAGACGCGAAAGAAGAAGAGAGAGAAAAAAAUGCAUACAGCAGGAGUGGUGGCGAUUUUUUAAUCAAAGCAGCAAAGCCAGUGUUUUCCAAGCCAAAUUCAAACGGGACUCGAAAAUAGAAAACAAAAAAGAGAUUCAAUAUAUGUGUUCCUGUACAGUGGUGGGCGAGCGAACGAACUAGCAUUCCAGUUAAGUGAACAUGUUUGUGGCCAGCAUAAGACCAUAAAAUCUGCCGAGCACAUUUUCCCCCGCUCGUGAAAAACUCGCAUACACACACACACACACAAGCAUACACACGUACGCACACGCAGGCAGGCAGGAAAAUCGCGUGAAAAAUCAUGUCCAGCUGGGCAGAACGCGUCCAUAGGCGCGCCGCGGAUCUGGGCAACGUGGUGACCUCCUGCGGCCACCCCGCCACGGCCCCCUCCUAUCCGUACCGCCUGGAAAAGGUGAAAUUCGGGGUGCCCCUGGAGGAGGUGUGCAAGCACAACAACAACAUUCCCGGGCCACUGCUCGUCCUGAUCCUCAAGCUGAACAAGGAGUCGCCGAACCGGCGGGAUGUGUUCCGCGCCCCCGGCCACCAGGGGGCCAUGAAGAAGCUGAUCCACUUCCUGCAGGCGGGCCGCCUGGUCAACGUGGACAACUACUCGGUGUUCACCAUCGCCAGUGUCUUGAAGAAGUUCCUGCGCAAGAUACCCAACGGGAUAUUCGGGCGCAGCGGCGAGAUGGAGCUGUUCGCCAUCAACGAUCUGCAAAACGAAUCCGAGCAAACGGAGCGGCUGCACAGACUCUUCGGUUCGCUGCCGAAAUACACACAGCAUCUAUUAGUUUUACUGUUCGGCACAUUCCGGGUCAUCGCGAGCAAUGCGGCCCACGCCUCCACCGGAAUGACCAGCGAGGCGCUGGGCGUGUCCGUGGCCCCCAGUUUCUUUCAGUCCUGCGUGAGCGAUGGCAAGACCGCUCGCAUGGAGGAUGUGCUCAAGUUCAAGGUCUCUACGAAGAUCAUGCAGAAUAUAAUCGAUAAGUUUGCCACACACGACAUCUUUGGGCGCGACAAUUACGAGUACUACGCCCGCGUCACAGGACGCAUUCUUAAGGUGCAGGACGAGUGGAUAUGCAGCUUCCAGUAUCCACCACCGCCGCGUGGCAAGUUGGCUCAACAGAAAUACGCAUUGCAACAUUCUUUGGAGGCGGAGAAGACCUGGCUGCAGUGCCAAUGCGAGCGUUGGGGCUUACUGGCCCAGGAGGAGUCCCGCUCGACGCCCGCCCUGCUGACCAGCUCCAGUUCGGCGUUGGAGAACAGCGUCCUGUCGCUGGGCGUCUCCCCGGAGCACUCGUUCAUCGAGAGCUGUGCCCGUCUCUCGGUUUCGCUGGAGGGACCCGGCAUCUAUGCCAUGACCUCGUCCCCGUUGCCGGCGAAGAGGAAUGGGAAUGGCAACGGCAACGGCAAUGCCACGGACUACGACUACGAUGACUAUGCCGACGACGACGAGGAUAACGAUGAGCUGGACGGUGUCCAUGACUUUGGUGCCGAGCUGGAGAUUAGCAGCAUAGCGCCGCCGCAGGGAAGUCGCGGCCUCUAUCGCCACAAGCAGCGUGCCCAGCAGCCACUUCACUACCAACAGCAGCAGCCGCAGCAGGUGCAGCCCCAGCACCAGCGGGACUACGACGAUGACGACGACGAGGAUGAGGAUGAGAUGACCUUUGUGAAGCGACGCUAUCGCCAGAACAAGAAGAAGCCCGCUGCGCCGAGUAGCAGUCAUCAUCAGAGGCGAUUGCGCACGGGCACCAAGAGCCUCGAUGGCGGAGGAGAAAGGCGUGCGGGAUCGGGAUCGGGAGCAGCAGGAGGAUCAGGGGGUGCUGCUCCAGGAGCAGCAGCUGGCAAUCCCACGCCCCCGAAGCUCAAGCAGCGAACCUGCAGUCGCUGCAAUCGGGGCAUUCGACACAGCAGCUCCUGCAGCUCCAAUUCGGCCGGAGCGGCUGGCUCAAACUGCGGAGGAGGAGGCAGUGGAGGGACGGGAACCGGAAACGGAGGAGGAGCCGAGGGCGGCAUGACCAUGGAGGAGCUGAGGGCCGUCAACCGAUAUGCGGAGAGCACCAAGAGCCUCUCGUAUCUGCCACAGGUCCAUGAACGCCAAACCGCACGCAUGCGCACUCGCUCCGAAUGGUUCCUGGGUCCCCGGGAUGCGGUGGUCACGUUGCAGCUGCCGGCGGACACGUGCAGCAGUUGCUGCCUGGCCGCUGCCGCCGGAUACUUGGGAGGCGGCAGCACCAGGGACAUGCGGCAGGCGCAAACGGAGGGCGAACGGAGUCAGGCGGCGUUGCUCUAUCACUUUUACCGCAGGCAACAGCAGCAGCAGCAACAGGAGCAGCAGGAGCAGCACUUUGACGACAUGAUGGACACCGAGGACAGCUACGGACAGCAGAAGGAGCAACAGCAGCAGCAGCAGGAGCAGCAACAGCAACAGAUACAUUCCAAGGGUCUCUUGAGACCACCGCCCAUGCAACACCAACAGCAACAGCAGCAACGUCGCCUGCUGCUGGACGUCAAUUCGGUUGGCAACAUCCGUUUGAGUAACAGCGCCGAGUCCAUUCAGUACGCAGCCCGACGACCGGUCGCCAGUCUGGGCCUCAAUGCCGGCCUCGGAGGCGUCACCAGCACCACCCACAAUCCCACCACCCGGCGGCUGCUCAUCAACGUACCCCGGCAGUAUCGAUCCUCGCUGCGGCGGAACAAGGAGAAGCAGAUCGGCGGCAAUAGUCAGAGCAACAGUAGCAAUAGCCUGGGCAGUGAUCAGUUAACCGGCAAUCCUGGAGCAGUUGGAGGAUCGGCCGGCGGCGUUUCGGUGCUAAACAAACCCCUGCUGAUGGUGGGCCUCCUGCCGGGUGCCGAGCAGCCACCGUCGGUGAGGAAUUCCAUUGCCGAGUGCGGCAUCUCGACGCCGGAUGCCAUGGACGUGGGCGUGGAGUGCAGCACCACGCUGAGCUUCAAGCCGCCGCGGCUGUAACAAGGACAACGGCCCAUUUAAUCGAACACUGAGGACAACCAGGACACAUCCGCAUAGAACUAUGUUAAGAUCUAACCAUUUUUAAAUGAAUACCAUUUUUAAUAUGUAUACUUCCAACACAAACACACAAAAAACGGGAGUAUCGAGGACAUUUCUGGAGAUUUGAAUACACCAAUUAAAAUAAGAACGAAGCUGUAUGUAAACGGUGCAGCAACUGCCUUAUAAAUCUGGCACUCUCAAUGCUGAAUUUUUUUUCAUAUUUGUGCAGUUUCUGCACCUUUUACAACCAAUUUAUUGUUCUAUUAUUCUUCAUAAUUGAAAACAGAGUUAAAUCUCUAGAGAUUUCCGUGAGACCUCAAAUAACAUCAUAUAUUAGGUUAUGGUAAACGAUAUAUGUAUUUAAUGUGUAUAGCAAGAAAAGGCUGAUUUUCUUUAGUUAAACCAACAAAACAAAAACCAAGAAAAAACGAACGAAUGAAAAGAAAAAUUUACAACUGAAACUAACUAUAUAAUGCAACAAAUUGCCAAAUUUUAUUCAGCAUUCAUUUCGUUGUGUGAUUUAGGUUGAUUUUAGUUUACGUUUUAGCCAAGAAUCUCUUAAACUUGAACAGUGUCAAGAUAAAAAUAAACGAAAUUUUCACCUGAUUGCAAACCGAAACAACGAUACAAAAGCAGAAGAAUUUCUUAACUGUGUAGCAUCUGAACAAUCCAACCAAUCGAUUUCGAGGCCGACUCUCUGUCUUUAUAAGAACCAUUAUAAAUGUUACUUCUAAGCUAUUCAAAUUUAUACUUAUCACGUGAAUGGAGCUCUUUAAAUGCAAUCAUAGACCCAAUUACAGAUAUACAUUCAUUUUUGAUACAGUCAAGUACAAAAGCAAAACUAGACGGAAACCAAUCGAAAAUAUUUAAAAUAAAUUCUACAUUAUUCUUAAAAAGAUACAAACAACACAAGCUAGCAUUUAAUAUAUAGUUAAGCGUUUUCAAAUUAUACUUGUAAUUGCGAACGGAAAUUAAUUUGUAAAUCGGAUGUUAUUUCAAUGAUGUUAUCGUUAAAAGUGCUAUGUGUACAUAUAUACGUGUAUGUCUGUGUGUCCAAGAUAUAUCUAAUAUGUAUAUUUACUACACAAUACGCUAAAACAGCCCUUCUCGCGGGGAAUCAGGACUACCAAACGACAGCUAAACAAACGAGAUAAUUCCAUUUUAUAUAAAAAUAUAUUUAGCGAAUCCACACGACUAGCUUUUGAUAGUUCCAAUCCAAGUAUAAGAUCUGGAGAGGGCCCAUUGUGCCCCCUCUUUAGAUCGAAUUCCACUGCCCCGCCACUAAAAUGAGUUCUGUUUCCCCUUCAUUCAGACUUGGAGAUUUUUCAGCUUACAUUGAAAAAUUCUUUGCGAAGUUAGAGAACGAAACAAUUUCCUCGCUGUGUAUUGCAUCAUUUGGUGUGUUUGUUAAAUUGAAUUUACAUAAAUAAUCUGAAUGUUAGCUAAGGAAACAAAAAGAGCGUAAAAGAAAACCACUCUGGCCAUUUCAUACGUAGUAUGAAUCGCAUCCAUUAAUAUUAAAAAUUAGUACAUAACGCUCAGAAUGUUGCCCACAACCAUGGGAAUGAAAAUGCAAGAAACACCAAUUUGUUGAUUAGCAAAAAAAAAUACUUUAUUGUAUCGACAUCAUUUUUAUUGCUGUAUAUGAUAGGCUAUAAGCUAUAAAAUAUAUAAGUGUAUAAAUCUUACAGAGUACGAGUUCGAGUGAAGUACAUUCAUUAGCCACUAAAUACUAUUACAUAAAUAUAAUUCGUAUUGUAAAUGAUGACGGAAAGGUUAUAGAUGUACGCUAUAUUUAGUGAGCAGGAUCUGUUCCAUACAAUUUCAAGUGUAAAAUGCAUUUCGAAUACAUUUUUCAAAUAUUUUUAAUCGAAUUUUAUUAUUUCUUUGAUUUACCCCGUUUCUGAGACAUUUUCCAUUUUGUGAAAGUUGCACUUCGAGAAGUUCUGUAUACAAAACAAAAGAAGAGAAAAGAAUCAUACAUAUAAUGUAACUAAUUACUGAAUGGAAAAAAUAAAUAAUUAAAUUGAAAAAGUAAAAA